AUGCUUCAAAUUGUGCCCUGCGAAGUAAUUUUGGAUAUCGCGGACUGGGUUUGUCACCAAAUGUGUAUUUUUCCACCUUUUCUAACAACUUCUAAGCUGCUGCCUGGCGACCUGCGUGCUUUCAGUCAAGUCUGUUCGAGGGUCAAUUCCAUUCUGGUUCCCCUGAUCUAUCGCACUGUCACGUUUCGUGCUCCGAGUGAGUGGGCGCUAAAUGUACUCGAUAUCGAGUCAUUCUUUUGGAACCAUACGCGUUUACAAGGCCUCAGCUACCUCCGGCAUACCAGACACCUGAAUGUACAGGCCCCGAUAUGUAUUUCCCGGUUUAGCCGCUGUGCAAAUUAUAGUAUCUUUCGCGCAUCGGGGCUCACACAAGCCUCAUGUACCCUCGGCACUUGCGAUGAGGUAAAGGCGCAUCGUCAUUUUCUAGAUGACAUUACGGAACAAAUGUAUUCAGUCUUCGCGUGUCUCAAAGAAAAUAGCCUCCGUUCAUUCCAGUGGGGGUUAGGCACCUGCCUUCCAGCAGGUAUCCUGGACAAAAAGGGAUAUCUUUGUCGGCACCAGAAGAGCCUUGAAAGUAUUUCGCUCAUUACGGAUGGGACUUGCCCUCAGGCGGGAGGUGCCCUGGAUGGUCUAUCUGAGUUCUCGUCAUUGAAAAUGUUGGAGUGGGAAGGUAUACAGCAAUCUGCUGAAGUCGACUCUGUGCGUCGAUGCAUCCGCCAGAAUGCUGCACAAUUGACAGAUCUGUCGAUUGGAUUUGUCAGAUAUUCUGAUGCCUCGGAACUUUGCGAAGAGAUUUUUGGGCAGCAAUCCAGGAUAUGCCAUUCAAGCACUCUUCCUUCACUCUCAUCUUUAUCAAUGCGCAAGAUUUCCUUUCCGCGAAACUUCCAGCCGAGUCCAGCACUUUUAUAUGGCCCGCUUAGAGCUUUGGUUCUGCGCGAUUGUCCAAAUCAACUUCAGUUCCUCACUUCCUUGACUCGCUCAAAAGGCACGCCACAACUAGAGCUUUUCGAAUUUUCGAGCGACAACUUUCUUGAUGGUUUUGGCGAGGAUCUAACCCCAGUGUUGAGAUUCUUGGUCUCUUUCAAAGGACUAAGGCAUCUGUUUCUGAGGCUGUCGAACUUUGAGGAUCCUUCUCGAGUGGAGUCAGUUGUCAGAUACCACCGAUCUACACUUGAGACCCUUUGUUACCACGAACGUCAGCUUGUCUCUAUUGAUGAUGAAGGUGUUUUCGAAGAAUACCGGGAUGUGUCACCGCAAUGGAUUCCCGGUCAAUGGGAUAUCCUGGACCCAUCUUGUCUCACCGCUCUAGCCCUGUGUACAACUCCACCUGUCGUGAGGUUAUUUCUUGAGCCGUUAGCCACCUGUUCCACCAUCAGGAUAUUGCAUAUCCGGUUCAGUGGGUCGGAGAGGCUCCAUAGAGAUAUCCCACAUGAAAUCAGCGCCCGGUUACGGACAAAGCAACUCAGGAAUAUGUGUCAGAAUUACCAGAUCGAAAGUAUCGGGCAAGGUUGUUAUCCUAAUAGCUGGAGCGAUCUCGCGAAUAUCAUAAAUGAUGACUCAACUUCGCCUGUCAUCUGGGAUAUGGACCAGUCGGACAGUGCGGGAAAAUUCCUUCCGGUCUCCGAAGCGGACGAGUUUGUGUCUUUUGCCGAAUGGGCCUUCGGGCCGACCGGUCUUCCAAAUUUACAGAUCCUGGCCCUCGGAGACUUUUCCCACAAAGAUCGAUUCCAAAAACAGCAAUGUCUAAUCAGGCGGAGAUGCCAUAAGAAAGAGCGUCGAUACGAAGACUAUCCUCGAUCCAGCUGUGGUCAUGAACCUGAAUUUAGCCCAUGCUUCUGUGCUACCAACGCCGCCGACGAUCAGAUCUGGGGGGGUCCCUCAGUUGGAGCCCGACUUCUUUCUGCAUGUCCAGCCAGUGGGGUAAUUGUAUCACCUUUUGAAUGA